GUGGUAGCAGACACCAAGGAAUUAUUGUCGAACAAAGUCACCGGAGCCCGAAUUGUCAUUUCCGGCACUGUCUACGGGGCGAAGGAGGCCGUGUCCAGUGGCGUGAACGGGAUGGUGGGCAUGGCCAAGGGGGCCGUCCAGGGCAGCGUGGAGAUGACCUGCUCUGUCGUGGCAGGGGGUGUGAACAGCGUUAUGGGCUCCAGAGUGGGUGAGAUGGUGGUCACCAGUAUGGAUACGAUGCUGGGCAAGUCUGAAGAAUUAGUCGAUUACUAUCUCCCCAUGACGGAACGAGAACUCGCUGAACUGGCUACCUCCAUGGAGGGCUUCGAAACGGGCCCGGUGGAGCAGCAGAAGCAACGGAAAAGUUACUUUGUGCGGUUGGGGUACUUGUCCAGCAAACUUCGCCACCGCGUCUUCCCGCGUUUCCUGGCUAAGUUGAAAGACGCCAAGGAGGGCACCCAAGACGCCCUGGGCCAGCUGCACCAGACUUUAGUGCUGAUUGAACAUGUCAAACACGGGGUGGACCAGAGGCUGCAAAAUGGCCAGGAGAAACUCUUCCAGAUGUGGCUGGUCUGGAGCCAGAUGCAUGCUGGGAACGGCGAGCAGGUGGAUUCAUCACCACAGCCAGAGGCCGAGUCCCGGACGCUGACCGUGUUUCGUGGGCUGGCUCAACAGGUGCAGCUCUCCUGCUGGACCCUCCUGUCCCAGCUCCAGGGUCUCCCCGCCACCAUCCAAGACAAAGCCAGGCUGAUCUGGCACCCGGUGGAGGGCCUCAACCGAUCUUUUUCGACCGCCCAUUCCUUCGAAGAGGUGCCCUCCACUGUAUUGGCCCAGAACUGCCAGCGGAUCGCCAUGCCCCGGGGCUCGGUGGACGAGAUCGUGGACUACGUGGUGCAGAACGUCCCCCUGCCCUGGGUGGUGGGGCCGUUCGCCCCCAGCUUGGUGGAACGGCCUUACGCCUGGGGCAUGGAGGGGAACGAGGAACGAGACGCCCCCCGACGCAAACGCC